AUGGAAUUUUUGGAUGAAGAAAGUCGAUCGAGGUUCCUCUUCCAUUCUCGCAUUUGUUCUUCUCACAGCCCAAAAUCUGAACCCCAGAGGAUCAGCAAACCAUUGGUCUUCAUCUACACUUCUGUUUCCAUUCUCUUCUUCGUUCUCUCCUUUUUUCUUCAAUCCGAAACCCUCAAAUUCCUCUUCAUAUGGUUCUCUCUGUCCCUCCUCGUUGGCCCAUUCGCUCAAAUCUCUAUCACUAGCGACGACAUUCGUGUCGGUAAGGGCGAGCCUCUCGAGCCAUUGUCAGAUCUCGAUCCACCCCUUGAAUUUGAUGAAUCAAAGAAAAGAGCUUCCAGUCGCUGCCAAAAAGUUCGAAGAUCUAUGGAUUCCGUGGUGAACUCAUCGUCAGUGGUGGUUGCGACUAUUGACAACUCAGAUAAGAAAUUCGAGAAAAAUAGAGGGAAUCCUGCAUGUAACGAUAAUGGGUUUGUAGUUGAAGAAGAAAAGGAGUGGACUGAUGAGGAUUUUGAGCUACUGACGAAACAGAUAUCGAAGCAUCCUGUUGGAGAGCCAAAACGAUGGGAAUUGAUAGCUGAAGCUUUCGGGGGAACGCACGGAUAG